AUGAAGAACGUCAGGGUGGGGGUUAUCAGAAGAGUACGCCAGCGUACUCACCCCUGUGUUCAUCCGUGUACUCGUCCAUGCGUUCGACGUAGUUGUCACACGAAGCGCAAGGCCAGGUUUUCGACGAGGCAUCGUCUGAAUAUUUCGCGACGGUGUCGAUGUGAGAAGCAGCCAACGACGAGUCGAUCCUCAGCACGGAGCUCCGUCAAUGGCCACGAAGAUCGACUCGACGCUCGUCGGCCUUGUCAGCCGCUCGAUCGAGAUCGGUCUUCGCGUGAUCGGCGUUUGGCCCGACUCAUCCUUCUCGAGUCUCCGCCGCGCCUUUUGGAUGAUCACGCUCACGAUCGCGCAGACCUUUCAAUACCGAUACUUCGUCGUACACGUGCGCACCGACGACUUAUCGCGGCUCAUGGACGGUCUCAGUACCACGAUGUCCUACAGUCUCCUGCUGCUGAAACUUACGAUAUUCUGGAUACACAGGCGGAUAUUCCACCACAUCCUCGCGACGAUGGCGCGAGAUCGAAGCGACUGCGCGACUGGCUGGGCCGCCUGUUCGAUGUCGAGGACGAUUUACGUCUCACACCGAUCUUCCAACCUGAUCAUCGGCCUCUACUCGAUGUCGGUGCUCCUCUACGGCACCGGGGUGCUGGUCGGUCACACCGACGAGUCCGAUGAGGCCGAGGACGAACAGUUCUCCGAGCCGACGCGAGAGCAGUUUCUCAAGAUGGAGCUGCCCUUCGAGUCCAACAUUUCGCCCGUUUACGAAGUCGUCAUGGUCGUGCAGUUUUUCCAUCAGCUCGCAGCGGCGACGAUAGUCGGCGUGCUGAACGCAUUGAUCGUCUCGCUGAUUCUUCAUGUAGGUGGUCAGGUCGAUAUUAUGUGCCGAGGGUUGUUAGAAAUCUCUUUGGGCGACGACGCGUUCGACUCGCCGAGCCCGGUCGUCAAUGCACUAAUACGCCGGCAUCAGAGAAUUAUCGCGCUGUCGAGCGACAUCGAGACGCUCUUCUGCUACAUAGCGCUGAUGCAGUUCCUGUGGAACACCUUGGUUAUUUGCUCCCUCGGAUUUGUAAUUGUGACCUCGAUCGGCGAUACACAAAACUCGACGAUGCUGAUCAAGUCUCUCUUCUUCUACAUCGUCAUCACCCUGGAGGCGUUCAUAUUUUGCUACGCCGGGGAAUACCUCAGCGCCAAGGGCAGAAUGAUCGGCGAUGCUGCGUACGACGCGAAAUGGUACAAUUCCAGUCCCACACAGAGUCGUAUCAUGUUACUGCUGAUUCUGAGGUCGCAAAGGAAGCUGACCAUCUCGAUUGGGAAGUUUACGGAUCUCUCGCUGGAGCGUUUCACUACAGUAAAACGCACUUCGGGAUUCGCGCUUUUUCUCUUGCCGUCUAACGAAAGUUACCGCUAGCUUUUUCAUACUGUUGCUUCAAAUUUCAUUUACAUACUCGCAGAAAAAAGAUAAUAUUUUUGACCAUAAGCAUGUAUAAAUAAGAACAUCGCGUUUACAUUCUUGAUUUGACCAAGCUUUUAGAUUAGAUUGACCAAAAUGCCGCAAUAUGCAACGCUCUGAUAAUCCUCACGGAAAGGCUAUCGGCUGUGAAAGACAUUUCUUCUCCAGAUUAUUAAGACGUCAGCGUCCUACGUGUCCGUGUUGCAUGCGAUGUCUUGAAGAGCGUGAACAAUCGAAGAUGCAAUGCUCUUCGUGUACAUUCAUAGCUAUUAUAAGAAACGCAACGACCACCGUCCAUCGUGAAUACACGCGACCUCAUGUAAAAAGUACGUCAAUACACCGUAAUCGACACGACAAUUGCAUUGAAAUUCAAACUGUGUUUCUUUGUGCUCCCCACCUGAUCCUCCGCAGUUCUCCCCGCCGUUCUUCGUGAAUCUCCACUUCUCCGUUCUCUUUCGAUUCGUCCUCAUGUGAAUUUAUGUUCUACAAUUUGCAUCAUCUACGUUUCUCUCUAUCGUGCGGGACCCUUAACCAUUUGCCCAAAGAAAUUAUGCACCCACGCGCAUUGAACGGUACGCUCGCGUUGCAUUUUUAAUGCAAAUAACGGACGGUGCAGCGAGCGACGAGCAGAGGGUGCACGAGGCGUGCUUCAUUGUCAUUCUCGCCGCCGC